AGCCUUGCCACACACCACAUUGAUCCGCCUCCUCACUGCUUUGUUUUCGUUUGGGGCGACGAAUCGAAAGUAAACAAGAACGAAGACAAAAUGGCGUUCGCGAUGAGAGUGAAGGUUCCACCAAACUCAGCGAAUUUGCAAGAAGCUAGGCAUCGAACCUUUGAUUUCUUCCGUGCAGCUUGCAGAUCUAUUCCUUCGAUCAUGGAUAUUUAUAACCUAUACGAUGUUGUAAACCCUUCUGAGCUUCGCUCCACCAUCGCCGCCCAAAUCCGCAAGAACGCCCAUAUCACUAACCCUAAGGUGAUCGAUAUGCUGCUAUUCAAGGGAAUGGAAGAGUUAAGCAACAUAACAGAACAUGCAAAGCAACGACAUCAUAUUAUUGGCCAAUAUGUGGUUGGUAAUAAAGGGCUUGUUCAAGAUGUGGACACAAAGGAUGAAGGAUUGUCUCCAUUUCUCAAAAAUUUCUACAAUUCCAACUACUAAUCAAACUCUUAAUCCCCAUUUUUAUGUCUUGUUUUAUGUGUUGGUUUUCAAAUAAAAACAUGUUCUUGGAUUCUUGUAUGAAUAACAUCAUCCUUUUGCUGAUUACAAGCAAAUUUGUUGGAUACUAAAACAAAAUUUUCUAGUUUUUUUGGGGGUUACCCUUUGUUGGCUAUUUUAUGCAUGCAAUAUGGA